AUGUUUGUUAGAAUUCAAGUCUCUACCAACCCACCAAUUUAUAAUAUCUAUCAGGUUACUUUUUUAUUGGUUUACCCUUUUAUUUUUCAAAUUAACUACAAAAUAUAAUUUUGCGGAUUUUUUGCAGAUGCCAUCAGGCGAUGAUGGGGUUCGACUUGAACCAUCGGGUACCGGAGUUUAUGAACGUGUUGUAUAUUCAAAAGAGUUAGUUUUUAAACUUAAAAAUUUAAAAAUGGAAAUUUUUGAAUCAAACAAUUUUUUAUCAUUUCAGCGCAUACGGUGAUCGCUUAGCAAGAUAUAACAAAGAUGCAGAUCGGACGAAAAAUUUGGCUCGAUACAAUUCAGCUGCUCAAAAUAUGAUACCAAUUCGAACAAGUCAUAAACAUUUUAACAACGGUGGAUCACGAAUCGAUGAUGCUGGAUUAUUAUCAUUUGUCACAUAUUCAUGGGUUUUCCAAUAUUUGCUACAAGCACUUCGUGGAAAAAUGGAUCGAGAUCAAGUUUGGAGUUGCAGUUUUUAUGAUAGCUGCGGUUUGAAUAUGGCAAGAAUUGAAGUUUUAUGGGAAGAGGAACGAGCAAGAAACCCAAAAUCACCGUCACUUUUCAAAGUGAUUUAUCGAUUCAUUUCAACAAGGCUAUGGUUCUCAUGCGCUGUCUUUUUGUUUUGUUUGAUUUUCGGAUUCAUUGGACCAACAUGUUUUAUUCGAAGAUUGAUUGCUUUUACUGAAAAUCCUGAACGAGAUGAAGAAUUGAAUAUUGUUUAUUCAUAUGGUGUUGUUUUGGUUAUUGCGAUUGGACUUGUUGAAUUUGCAAGAGUUUUAUCAUAUGGUGCAACUUGGGCGGUUUCAUACAGGUAAAUCUUAGUUUUUAUCAAUUCAGGCUAUCCGUGUCUCAAAAGUAUAAUUUAUUUAUUGAUUUUGAAAAACCUACAAGAAACAUCAAUUUUAAAAAGGGGUUUUGUUUUGAAGAUUUUCUAGCCUUCUUUUUAUUGGAAUCAUUUUUCAAUGUUUCUCAUAUUCCCAUCAGAAUUAUGAAUAUGUUCACUAACAAGUCGUAGAGAAAAACAUGCCAUCUCAAAAACAUAUCAAAUUUCAGAACUGGAAUUCGUGUUCGUGGCGCUGUUUUGGCACUUUUAUACAAAAAAGUUCUCGACUCGAAAGAUUUGUGUGGAAAAACCCCGGCCGAUGUUGUCAAUAUUUUUGCCAAUGAUGGUCAACGUCUUUUUGAUGCUGUAACCUUUGCUCCUCUUGUUAUUGUCGGACCACUUGUACUUUUUGGAGGUGUUGCCUAUCUUCUUGCUGUUAUUGGAAGAUGGUCACUUCUUGGUAUUGCUGUAUUUUUUAUCUUUGAUGCUAUUCAAGUGAGUUACUUUCAUCAUUAUUAUUAUUCAUGAUUUCAAAAAAAUGUAUUUUUAGUUCUGCCUUGGUAAAACAAUGGUGAACUGCAGAAAUGAGGCAAUCAAGAGAACUGAAGAGAGAAUCGGAUUGAUGUCGGAAAUUAUCAGAUUUAUUCGUGUGAUUAAAGUCAGUGGAUGGGAAGAUGUUUUCAGCAAAAAAGUUGAAAGUGAGUCAUUUUACUUGUUGAUCCAUUAUAAUAAAAAUAUUGCAGCCAUGCGACACAGUGAGAAAAUCGUUAUCCGAAAGUCAGGCUAUGCUCAAUCAUUGGCUAUCGCUUGCGGACCAGUCGUUCCAGUCGUCGCUGCAGUUUUGACAUUCUUAGGUGUUGUUUUAGCUGGAAAUGAUUUGCUAGCAUCUGACGCUUUUUCUGCAAUCACCGUCUAUUUUGUGAUGUUGUUUGGUAUUCGAAUGAUUCCAUAUGGUUCGAGAUAUUUGGCUGAAUCUGUUGUUGCUAUGCGAAGAAUUCAAGAAUAUUUAGUGGUGAGUUUUAGGAGAUUUUUUUGUUGAGAAUUACAUAAACAUUUUCAGCUCGAAAGUUGGGAUAGUUUUGUUGCUGGUGGUGAUAGUGAAUAUGUUGUAACUUGCAAAGAAGGUUUCUAUACAUAUCAACCAGAACCAGAAGACGGUGAGAUCUAUAAACAUUAAAAAAAUAAUUUUAUUUUGAAAUUUUUAGAGCAAACUGGAACUGAGAAAGAGACACUUGAUAAACAAGCUCCAGCUUUUGGCUUGGCUGUGAAAGAUCUUAAGAUUAAACGAGGUGAUCAUGUUGCGGUUGUUGGAUCUGUUGGAUCGGGAAAAUCAGCAUUGCUCAAAGCAAUCUCAGGACACGUGAGUGAUUUUCAAAAACAAAUAAAGUAUACCAUCUCCAAAAAAUUCCAGAUGUUCUCGCAAAACACUGAUAUGAUUGUUGAUCGUCAGAACCUUGCUUAUGUCCCACAAACCCCUUGGAUUGUCAACGGAACUGUUCAAGACAACAUUCUAUUCGGUGACAAAAUGAGUUCAGAAAGAUAUUAUAAAGUUGUUUGUGGAACACAACUCACUGAAGAUUUGAGUGCCUUUUCAAUUGGUGAUCGAACUGAAAUUGGUGAACGUGGAACAACAUUAUCGGGAGGACAAAAAGCUAGAAUUUCAUUAGCGAGAGCGACUUAUGCGAUGAGAAAUCUUUAUUUGUUUGAUGAUGUUCUUGCUAGUUUAGACAGACGUGUUGCUGAUGGAGUUUUCCAACAAAUUAUUGAGAAUUUCUUGCAUAAGAAAACUGUUGUUUUUGUUACAAACAACAUGGAAGUUCUUGAAAAAUUUGAUCGUGUUCUUUUUAUGGAAGCUGGAAAUAUUGUUGCUGAUGGAACACAUGAUCAACUUUACGAAGAUCAUCCAGCUUAUAAACAAUUUGUGGAUGCUUGUCAAGGUGAUUUUUUAUGGUUUGGUUUGAUUAAUGAUAAAAAGUUCGAUUGAUAACAUUAUCGCGAUUGAAAGAACAAUUAAUUAAACAUGGUUUGUGUUUGUUUCAGGAGAUGAUGGCAAUCGAGAUAAUUUUGAUACAACUUUGAGUUUACCAUUGUCUAGCACAAUUGAAGAGGAAUUUGAGAAAGUUGGUGCACCCGCAGCACACGAUUCUUCAGAAAAUAUUGUGCAACAUUUGGAAAGAGAUAUUUUGAUCUCCGAUGAGGAAGAUUUAGGAACAUCUAAACUAUCGUUCAAAAUUUAUAUGUUAGUUUAUUUUUUUCCCUGGGGUUUUGCAGAUAUAAUUUGUUAAUUUUAGGACAUAUAUAAAUGCUGCUGGAAGAUGGCCAAUUUGGACUUGUCUUGUUGUCGGUUUCAUUAUUAACGUUGUUGCUAAUAUUUUCUCAACUUUCUGGCUUGCAAGAUGGCUCAAGAAGGGUCAUGAUGAAGAUGUAAGUUUUUUCAAAAUUACAAAAAUUCAACCCUGAAAGGUUCAUUUUCAGAUUGUCAAUAUUAAUGGAACAGAACAAAUCAGAUCAUUGAAAAGCAUGGCCGAAAAUGAAAAUUUGACAUUCUACACAGUGGUUUAUGCAAUCUCUUUGGUGAUUUUGACAAUUUCCGGAUUGUUCAAAGCUUGUGUAUUUGUGAAAGUCUCUCUUGAUGCAGCGAGCAAAUUACACAACUCCAUGUUCAACGCGUUACUACGUGGAUCAAUCGCAUUUUUCGAUUCAACUCCAACAGGAAGAAUUUUGAACAGAUUCUCGAAAGAUAUGGAUGAGAGUAAGUUGAAUGACUCUAUGAAAUUGGAUGAAAUUUUAUGAUUGAAUUUUUCAGUUGACGUCAAGCUUCCAUUCACCGCUGAAAUUUUCUUGCAAAAUAUGAUUACUUGUCUUGGAUUCCUCAUUGUCAUUUGCUAUAUUUUCCCAUUAUUCUUGGUAAGAUUGAAGUUUUUUUAAGUAACGAUUUUUUUGAAAGAAAAAUAAGCGUCGAAUUUAAAUUCAAAUUGUGAUAGUGACCCAUAGAAAUACCGUACUUGGGGAAGUUGGGAUUUAAAAUUCUGGCUUCUUUUUUCUGACUAUUUUUUUUACCAAAUUAUCAAAGUAUCAAACUAAUGUUUUUCACAGUGCAUAUCAUAAUAAAAUUAAUAUUUUCAGAUCGCUUGUAUUCCAUUGUUCUUGAUUUUUGUUUUAUUCGUGUCAUGUUUCCGAGCUGGUAUCAGAAAGUAAGUUUUUUUUUAUCUUGAACACCUCAAUCAUCUAACUAACAACUUCCAGCUUGAAAAGAUCGGAACAUUUAUCCCGUUCUCCACUAUUCGAUCACGUCACAACAAGUUUAGAAGGAAUUGCCAGUAUUCAUACAAUGAAUCAAACUCAACGAUUCUUGGAACAAUUGAAAAAACAUCUCGACGCAAAUAACGGUGCAGUUUUUAUGUUUCAAUCUGCAAUGAGAUGGUUAGCUGUUUGGUUGGAUUUACUUGUUGUUGUAAUGACUGCAAUUGUUGCUUUUCUGACUGUUAUGUUGACUGGAACCGUUUCACCGGCUGAUGCUGGAAUGGCUAUUACGUUUGCUGUUCAAAUGAGUGGAAUAUUCCAAUUUGCUGUUCGCACACAAACUGAAUUAGAGGCUAAAAUGACAAGUGUUGAACGAGUUGCCUAUUAUGCUGAAGUGAGUUUUAUUUUUAAAGGGAAUACUAACUUUUUUCUAUUCUUGAAACUAGAUAUGAAAAACUGUACAUCUUUCAGAAUAUCCGAUCUGAUGGAGAUUUUGAUACAAAACAAGGUGUUGAUGUUCCUUCUUCGUGGCCUGCUCAUGGUAAAAUCACUUUCCAAGAUGUCAAGUAAGUAAUUACUCGUUGCAGUUGAAAUAAAUAAUGGAAAAUUCAUAUUUUCAGACUCCGAUAUCGUCCAAAAGUUGCCGUUGGCAUUGAAUGAUAUUAGUUUUGAAAUUUUGAGUGGUGAAAAAAUCGGAAUUAUUGGAAGAACUGGAUCUGGAAAAUCAUCAAUUGCCAGUGUUAUUUGUCGACUUUACCCCCUCACUUGGGGAAGAAUAUUCAUCGAUGGUGUUGAUAUCACCACAGUUGGAUUGACUAAACUUCGAAGAUCGAUUUCAACAAUUCCACAAGAUCCCUCUCUAUUCUCUGGAACUGUUAGAUUCAAUCUUGAUCCAUCGAACGAUUUCAGUGAUUCGGAAAUUUGGGCGGCUUUGAAAAAAUGUCAAAUUGAUGAAGUUGUUUCGGGACUUGAGAAUAAAUUGGAAGGCGAAGUUCGAACUGGUGGAGAGAAUUUCUCUGUUGGAGAAAAACAAUUGUUCUGUUUGGCAAGAGCACUUUUGACAAAAAGUCGGAUUGUUAUUCUUGAUGAAGCAACAGCAUCUGUUGAUUUUGCCACUGAUAAAAUCAUUCAAAAUGUUAUUCGUGAAUCUUUCAAAGAUGCGACUGUUUUGACGAUUGCUCAUCGAUUGGAAAAUGUUCGAAAAAUGGAUCGUGUUUUGUUUAUGGAGAAUGGAAAGAUUGUUGAUUUCACAACACCGGAUGAGCUUUUCAGUAAAGGAUGGGCUGAUUUGAAGCGUUUUGCUGAGAAUGGUGAGUUCGCUAAAAUUGAAAAAAAAUAUUCAUCUUUUUUUUGAAGGCUCUGGAGACAGUGAAUCUGCUGUUGUUGUCGAUGAAAGUAAUGGGCAAUCUUCCCCAGAAGUAUUGGAUUUAAAUUCGGCAAAUAGUAAUGAAGAUGAUGACAGUAUUGUUCAAGUUGAACAAGAUGAUGCUGAACCAGAAGGCGAUGCAAAAGAAAGUAGUUCGGAUCCUGAACUUGAAGUUGUUGAAAAACAAAACUGA